AUGCCGAUUUCCUCCGAAAAAGAAGAGAUCCUUCUCUCAAAUGCCCUCGAAGCCUAUAAAUCAGGUCAAUUUACCAGUAUUCAGGCCGCAGCCUCUCAUUUUGGCGUCUCGAAGUGGAAGCUUCGGUACCGAAAGGAAGGCAGGACAAAUGGAAAAGGCCGUGCAGCCACUAAAAAAGCCCUAAAUUCCUCACAAGAAGCCUCUCUUAUUCGCUGGAUUGAGCACCUUAACUCAGUAUAUACACCACCAAAUGCUAGUGAUAUUGAGGGUGCUGCAAAUCGUAUUUUACGACAUUGUGGUUCCGACCGGCAGGUUGGCAAAAUGUAUGGGUAUCAAUUCAUUCGACGCCUACCACCCCAUAUCGACCUUCGUACACAAAAGCCGAUGGAAAAAGCGAGGAUUGAAGCUGAAUUACACGGUGAAUUAGUUUAUUGGUAUAAGGUCUAUGGCCAAUUCCUUAAAAAGAACAAAAUUCAGGCCAACGAACUAUAUAAUUGGGAUGAGACUGGCUUUCAGCUAGGUAUUGGAACGAAGGAAAACGUCGCUUCUACCCGCAAAUAUGAGACUAUUGCGACUGGUGGAAUAGGCCAGAAUGUUACUGGAAUUGAGUGUAUUUCGGCCGAUGGCUAG